AUGUCUGCCAGUGUAAUAUCUGCUAGUGCCGGUGUGUCUGCUAGUGCCGGUGUAAUGUCUGCUAGUGCCGGUGUGUCUGCUAGUGCCAGUGUAAUGUCUGCUAGUGCCGGUGUAAUGUCUGCUGGUGCCGGUGUAAUGUUUGCUGGUGCCAGUGCCAGUGUAAUGUCUGCUGGUCCCGAUGAGGUGCCUUAUUAUAGGCAAUUACAAAUUGGGGGAGAACGUCAAUCCAACGAUAAAUUUAAACUCUGA